AUGACGAGGUCGCAGUACUGGAAGCUCAUGAAACUUGCGGAAGCAGCCUCCGCCAUCCUGGAGAAGACUGCGACAGAAUACAUCGCUGACCCUGAGAAUCACCCACUCGGACAACAAAGAACCGGAGUCCUAAAGCCUAAGGGCAAUGGCACGGGAAUGGUUACUUGCUAA